UCUUCCUCAUCAUUGGAUUCUUCGUUGUUCUAGGAUUGAUCGAUUGUUUAGGUUGAGGAGGAGAGGAAGAGAGAUGACGGCGGCGGCUGCGGGGAAGGAUUCACCAUCGUCGUCGACGGUUCGUGGCACGCCUCUGCUGAAGGACGAGCUCGACAUCGUGAUCCCGACGAUACGGAACCUGGACUUCUUGGAGAUGUGGCGGCCGUUCUUUCAGCCCUACCACCUGAUCGUGGUACAGGACGGGGACCCGAGCAAGACGAUCCGGGUGCCGGAGGGGUUCGAUUACGAGCUCUACAACCGCAACGACAUCAAACGCAUCCUGGGCCCCAAGGCCGCCUGCAUCUCCUUCAAGGAUUCCGCCUGCCGCUGCUUCGGCUACAUGGUCUCCAAGAAGAAAUACAUCUACACCAUCGACGACGACUGCUUCGUUGCUAAAGAUCCCUCUGGCAAAGAGAUCAAUGCACUGGAACAGCACAUAAGCAAUCUCCUGACACCAUCCACUCCCUACUUCUUCAACACCUUGUAUGAUCCCUACCGAGAAGGCACAGACUUUGUCCGCGGAUACCCUUUCAGCCUUCGCGAGGGCACUCCGACGGUUGUGUCUCAUGGCCUUUGGCUUAACAUUCCAGACUAUGAUGCUGCCACCCAGCUUGUCAAGCCGCGAGAGAGGAACACCAGGUAUGUGGAUGCAGUUCUUACGAUACCCAGGGGAACUCUGUUUCCUAUGUGUGGAAUGAAUCUGGCUUUCGAUCGUGAGCUCAUCGGCUCUGCAAUGUACUUUGGACUUAUGGGCGAUGGCCAACCCAUUGGGCGAUAUGAUGAUAUGUGGGCUGGGUGGUGCAUCAAGGUGAUCUGUGAUCACUUGCGAUUGGGGGUCAAGACUGGGUUACCAUACAUCUGGCACAGCAAAGCUAGCAAUCCAUUUGUGAACUUGAAAAAGGAGUACAAGGGCAUCUUCUGGCAGGAAGAGCUGAUCCCCUUCUUCCAGACAGUUGUCCUCCCAAAGGAUUGCACCACAGUGCAGAAGUGCUACAUUGAACUGUCCAAGCAGGUGAGAGAAAAGCUUGGGAAGAUUGACCCUUACUUCACCAAGCUUGCCGAUGCUAUGGUUACAUGGAUUGAGGCUUGGGACGAGCUCAACCCAUCCGGAACAGCAGCUCAAAUGGUCAACGGCUCCUCCAAUGGGAAAUAGAGUAGAUGGCAUAGUCAUUAUCUUAUUUUUUUUUCUUUCUAUCUAUGUAAUGUUUGAGGCUUAUAAUCUUUUUCCGUAAUUAUAUUAUAGGCUUUCAUUCAUGUGAAGCUUGAAAUAGACAUGCAGUUUGAUGAUUGUAAUCAUUUUUAUACUUUUUGAGAAUAAAAGAUCUUGUUCUUUUUUC